AUGCCAGGUGCUUUUGAUGAAAUUAUAGACGAUAUAGAGGAUUUAAUAUCCUCACAAGAGAUAACACCUAAAGAGAGGUAUGCUUCAAGAAAAAAUGUGAGCGUUCGGUCAAAAAAACGUGUCAGUAAACAAGAUUCAGAGCCCACUGAAAAGGUUAUUUUGGAGAGUGUUGUACCAGGUACUCAAACAAUUUAUGUAAAGACAUGGGGUUGCGCUCACAACAACUCCGAUUCGGAGUAUAUGGCAGGUCUGUUAGCUGCCAAUGGUUACAAACUCACUGAAGAUAAGUUUGAUGCUCAGUUAUGGUUACUCAACUCGUGCACAGUAAAAAGUCCUGCCGAAGAUCAUUUUAAGAAUGAGAUAGAGCUCGGUCAAAGUCGUGGUAUACAUGUGGUAGUGGCAGGAUGUGUACCGCAGGGAGCUCCUCGCUCAAAUUACUUGACUGGCCUAAGUGUGGUUGGAGUACAACAGAUAGAUAGAAUAGUAGAGAUUGUAGAAGAGACACUGAAAGGUCAUACAGUACGUCUUUUCGGUCAAAAAAAGACCGGUGAAGGUCGGAAGGCGGGUGGUGCAUCACUCCUUCUCCCUAAAGUGCGUAAGAACCCGCUUAUUGAAAUAAUUCCCAUCAACACAGGGUGUUUGAAUCAGUGCACAUACUGUAAAACCAAACAUGCUAGGGGGGAGUUAGGCAGCUACCCCCCUGAAGAAAUUGUGGAGAGAGCGAGACAGUCUUUUACUGAAGGUGUUGUGGAGAUAUGGCUCACAAGUGAAGACACCGGCACAUACGGUCGAGAUAUUGGCAGCUCCUUACCAGAACUACUUUGGAAGCUAGUAGACGUUAUACCUGAAGGUUGCAGACUUAGGUUAGGCAUGACCAAUCCGCCUUAUAUUCUAGAACAUCUGUCUGAAGUAGCCAAGAUUAUGCAUCAUCCGAGAGUUUACAAGUUUCUCCACGUGCCAGUACAGUCAGGGAGUGACCAGGUGCUCUCUGAUAUGAAGAGGGAGUACACCAGAGCUGACUUUGAACGUGUAGUCGACUUUCUCAGACAAAAGGUCCCCGGCAUCACAAUAGCAACAGAUAUAAUAUGUGGGUUCCCCGGCGAGUCUGAUGCGGACUUCGAAGACACCAUGAGACUGUGCGACAAGUAUCGUUUCCCUUCGCUAUUCAUCAACCAGUUCUUCGCCCGACCUGGUACUCCUGCAGCUAAGAUGACCAAGGUACCCGCAAAAGAAGUAAAAAAACGCACAAAAAUGUUAUCCGAAUUAUUCCGCUCAUACGAACCGUAUGGCCACAAAGUCGGCGAGGUGCAUAACGUCCUUGUCACAGACAUAUCGCACGACAAGAAUUAUUUCGUGGCCCACAAUGAGUUUUACGAACAAGUUCUGGUUCCUAAAGUGGAAAAGUACAUGGGGAAGAUGUUAACGGUGAAGAUCACGAGCGCUUCUAAAUUCUCUAUGAUGGGGGAGCCCAUAGACAAGCCGAAGAUGAUGGGUCUGACUGCACCGUUGAAGAAGGGGGAGGUGUCUGGUGUUCAAAGCUUGCAAACUGGAAAGAAACUGCCUUUACCUAUAGUGGUUUUGUUCGCUGCGGUUGUUUUCAGAUUGAUUUGGAUAUUUUUAUUAUAA